ACCCAUAGUAGUGUGUUUCCGUAAACUCAAGACUGAGUGCAGCAUUGGAAGGCCAUGGCAAGUGUCCCCGAAACUUCUGUUAGACUCAACAGUGGCUACCACAUGCCACUCCUUGGCUUUGGCACAUGGCAGAUCACUCAACCGGAUGUGGUUCAAAGUUCAGUGGAAGCAGCCAUUGCCGCUGGUUACAGACAUAUAGACACAGCUUUCAGCUAUGAGAAUGAGAAGAACAUUGGGGCAGCCAUAAGAUCCCAAAUCCAGAAAGGAAUCAUCAAGCGAGAGGACAUGUUUAUAGUUAGCAAGUUAUGGGUUACCUACAUGGCUCCAGAAGAUGUCCCCCUGUGCCUAAAUAAAACACUGAGUGACCUGCAGCUUGACUGCGUGGAUUUGUAUCUCAUUCAUUUCCCGUUUGCUUUGCAACGAAAAGGCAAUGAACUCUUUCCAAAGGAAGACGGCAAAAUGCUAACUUUAGACAUUGAUUAUGUUGAAACCUGGAAGGCAAUGGAAUCUUUGGUGUCUAAAGGUCUGGCAAAAAGCAUUGGUGUGUCAAAUUUCAACAUUUCUCAGCUGAAAAGAUUGCUUGCUUCUGCCAAGAUACCACCAGCUGUGAAUGAGGUUGAGUUGCAUCCCUAUUUAGUCCAGAGUGACCUAGAGAAGUUUUGUAAAUCUAUGAAUAUUAUGCUGACAGCUUUCUGCCCACUUGGAUCACCAAACAGACCCCAGGAAUAUCACAGGGGAGAAAAAGACCCUGAAAAUUUGUUGCAGGACCCUGUUGUAGCUGAGAUAGGAAGGAAGCACAAGAAGAGCCCAGCACAGGUUCUUCUACGAUAUCAUAUAGAAAGAGGAGUCGCUGUCAUUCCAAAAAGUGUGAAACCCAAUGAAAUUCUGGAGAAUACUAAGAUUUUUGACUUUACUUUGGAUAAAGAAGACAUGAAGAAUCUGGAAAGUCUGAACAAAGGCUGGAGGGCAUGUAUUCUUGAAGAAUUGAAGGAUCAUGUUCACUAUCCAUUCAAAGACUAGUAAUACUAGUGAAGAACAUUACUACAAAAGGACGACAAAUAAUUACAUUAAUAUACAGCAGAACACAAAUCAUGUUAACUGCAUCCUUUUCAAAAGAGCUGUCAAAAAAUCAGUAAAAUAAAAUGAAUGCGUCUUUUAUCCAGACUGAACAUCUAAUGUGGCCAGGAGCUACAAACAACUCCAGAAAAUGUAUCUAAUAAUAGUUUACAGAAAAAUGUGUUAACCAUUACAACUGUAUGCUUGGGAUUGUAAAUUAGUGCCCGAUAAGAACAGUAAGAUGAUAUUUAAUAUUUUGGUCCACUGUUAAAUACAAUGUUUGAAAUACUCACAUCUGCUGAUGUUACAACUGUCUUUUCUUCCUUUUUUUUCUGUUUUGCUUUUAAACCUAAAUGUAAUGAUGCAUCAUUUUUACAAUAAAAUGAAUAGAGAGGUUCAUUAUGAAAAUCUCAAUAGCACUGUCAA